CGGACCGCCAGUUAGGCGCUUUGCCUCUUCUGCUUUGGUAUUUGGCGUUCUUUCAAUUUAGUUCAGUAAUACAGUCACGUUCUAGAUUUUAUUGAAGUGUAACUUUUUAAAACGAAAGAUUCAUAUUUGAAAACGAGUUCGUGUAUUGUGUGUUUAUUCCUUUAAAAGCGUAUUAAUAUACAAAAUGAAUCCGUAUCAACAAGGCCAAUCGGGGUAUCCGCAACAGCCAUACCUACAUAACAUUGGAUUUUGCAACACGGCUCCACAGUCGUUCGGAAAUCCGAUGCCAAUGGCGGGGUUUCCUACAAUGGGGUAUCCUCCGCCACAGCCAGGAUAUCCUGCAGCGUCCGGUUAUCCUCAACCCAGCCAGCCCUACCCACAACAAAAUACUGGGUAUCCCCCAAGUCAGGGCUAUCCUAAUAAUGCUCAGGGGUAUACCCAAUCUGCUCAGGGAUACCCUCAAACUGCUCAAGGAUAUCCACCAUCUGCUCAAGCAUACCCACAAUCAGCUCAAGGAUACCCACAAGCUCAAACAGGGUACUCCCAGGCAAGUCCGGGUUAUCCACAGACCGAUAAAUAUCAGAGCUACCCACCCCAUAAUCAGUCUCAGUCACAAAGCCAACAAACUUACAGUGUAUCAUCAAACCCAAUGGCAAACACUCCUGAGUCCAAACCGACCGUGGUGCCGGCGAAUCCUUUCGACCCGCGUGAAGAUGCAGCGGUCCUUCGCAAGGCUAUGAAAGGUUUCGGCACUGAUGAGAAGGCCAUCAUACAAGUGCUGACACGCCGCAGCAACGAGCAGCGCCUGCGCAUCGCAUUCGAAUUCAAGACUCUUUAUGGAAAGGAUCUUGUGUCGGACUUGAAGAGCGAAACGAGCGGCAAGUUCGAGGAUCUGUUGGUGGCGCUGAUGACACCAUUACCUCAGUUCUACGCUAAGGAGCUGCACGAUGCCACCGCUGGUAUUGGCACUGAUGAGGACGUGCUCAUCGAGGUUAUGUGCACAAUGUCCAACCAUGAGAUACAUGUCAUCAAGCAGGCGUACACCGCCAUUUAUGGGACCUUGCUCGAGGAUGAUCUGCGCGGUGACACUUCGGGCAACUUCAAGCGGCUGAUGACGUCACUCUGUAUGGGUAACAGAUCUGAAGAUUUCCACGUAGAUCAACAAAAAGCUAGAGAAGACGCAAGAAGCUUGUUGCAAGCAGGUGAGCUGCGCCUGGGCACAGAUGAGUCGGUGUUCAACGCAGUGUUGUGUUCGCGUUCAUUCCCACAGCUGGCUGCCAUCUUCCAGGAGUACCACUUCCUCACCGGACACGACAUCGACGAUGCCAUCAAGGCGGAGUUCUCCGGAGAUCUGGAGAAAGCCUUACGAGCUAUCGUGAAAGUUGUCCGCAACAAGCCGCUGUUCUUCGCAGAACGUCUGCACAAGUCUAUGAAGGGUCUUGGUACUAACGACCGUCAGCUCAUACGUAUCAUGGUGACUCGCUGCGAAGUCGAUCUCGGAGACAUCUCCAACAUGUUCCACUCCAAGUAUGGAGAGACAUUGCAGAGCUGGAUCGAGGGCGACUGUUCCGGUCAUUACAAGAAAUGUUUACUGGGUUUGCUCGGCCUUUAUUAAGCGUUCUCUUCAUCUAACAUAAACAUAGUACAUAAAUACAUCUGAUGUCUAGUGCAUAUA